CAAAGCUUACAAUUUUGCUUUUUGGAGGGAAAACAGAAAGAUUGCUGGUGGAUUGUGAAGUGUUGAGUGGAAAAAAAUAAGUUAUAAUACUUAUAAUUAAAGUUAAAAAGUCGUAACGUAGUACCCCAGAGAUAUCAUGUCGCAAACUACGCUCACAUCAUUUUUUAAUAGCCGAAAAAGGCCAGCUUCCGAAGACAUGGUUAGUUCUAAAUCAAAAAUUCUUCACGUUGAACAGCAUAUAGAACGGCGUAAAAAUGGUCUUAAGACCUUUGAUCAAGAUGUGAAGCAGUCCUUGAAACUGCCUGUUAAAUUAUCUAAUGAAUGUAAACUGGAUAAUCGAAGUAAGGUUACUGUUGCAAGUAGCGUGUCGUCGCCGACCAAGAGUACUUCGGAGCAGAAGAGCUCAACGGCUUUUGGGAAGAAAUUAAACGCCGGUAAUAUCACAAAAACAAAUGAAACAUCUAAACCAGAUGUAGUAAAUACUGCACGAAAGGAACUUAGUCUUGGAGAUAUCAGAAAGAAGUUAGCUAGCAGCUCCAGACUUGCAGAAUUGAGAGCCACUGCAGAUCGACUGAGCAAAGGCAUACAAGAGGUUAAGGCAGCCUGUGAUAAGAGGAAUCUCAAGGAAUUCAAGUCUAUUGAUUUGGAAGUACCCUCCAGUCCAAGUAAAAAGUCCUUGGUCCACAAAGAGCUGCUAUCUCCUCAGAAAGAAGUCACACUCACUCCACAACAGAGACCUCUUAUUUCUCCAAGAAAAGUUAUUGUGAGCCCUAUCAAGAGCCCAAGCAAGGUACCAGCUUACAUCCGUCAUGCUUCCCUGGCUUCAUCAUCCACAAGCCUACCUCUGCCACAUCAAUACAGAUUCCUAGCUGAACUGUUCCGAGGUAUGGAGACUGUUGUCGCCCUUCUGUACAACAGGAACGAGAAGAUUACCUUCAAUAAACUCAAGCCCUCUGUCCAGGAAAUGCUCAAACGAAAUUUCACAGAAAAACAUCUUGCUCAGAUAAAACAUUUAGUGCCAGAUUUCUACAACUUUGAGAUCCAGAAAAUUAAAAGCUUUGCAACUUCACAAAAGGAUUCUUAUGAAAUGAUUAUCACUCCAAACUUCCCCACUGAUAUCAAAAUCAUGAAUCCAAGUGUGUUGUUAGAGAGGCGUAGAUAUUUUUAUGAUACCCUCCUUCAAUUGGUGAAAAAACAUCAUGCUCAAUACUUAUUGACACUGGAUCCUCCCAUGGUAAUACCUGAUGACAAGCUCACUCGCUGGCAUCCUGAAUUUGAGAUAGAGAAAGUGCCUGAGAUAGAAAGUGCUAAACUACCUGAACUGCCUAAUGCAGAGAAGUUAUCUACAGCACAGGAUGUACUAUCCAAAGCACGUGAACUUUUUAAGUGUAACACUAAAAUGGAGAGGGCUUUGGAGAAGUUAGCUCAAGCUAAGGCUCGAGGUCUAACUGAACAAGAGAAGGUGGCAACUGGUUUGACUGACACCAAGACAAACACUGCUGGUACUCAAACUAGUCAGCCUUCAACAAGUGGCGUGACUAUAAUGAACCCUGCACUUCGCAAUCUACCUGCAGCUUUACUGGAAAAAGUUAAAGCAAAACAAGCUGCUAAAGCCCUAGAAGCUAUGACACGAUCUUCACAGCAUGAAGAAAAAUAUAUGAUUUAUAGUCGGCUUCCAGACCUAGCAAAGACUUUAAGGAAUAUAUUUGUUACUGAAAGAAAGAAUGUCUUGAAUCUCAACAUUGUUUUGUCUAAGUUAGACAGCAGUUUUAAAGCCAAUGUGUCGGCGAAUGACUUGCUCAGGGACAUCAAAGUUCUAGCUGAGCAAGUUCCGGAGUGGAUCAAACUGCAUGACAUCAGAGACAACACAUAUCUUAAAUUGGACAGAAAUACUGACCUAAAGAAAAUAAUGUCAAAGUUGGAAGCUUUAGUAGAGAAAUACAAGUGUGACUAAUUAAUUUAAGAACAAAGUAAGUUGACAUGAAAAAGUAAAGACUGAGUAAGUAUAUUUUUUUAUGUAACCCUGCUAUUAUCACAACUACUUAUCUUAAUUGUUGUUUAAAUGAAGUUUGUCAAGUAUUUUGUAGCCAAAGCUAUCUAUCUGUAAGUAGUUUUCAAUCUUUCAUUAGAUAAUUAUGGGGAACAAUAUCGACAUCUAAUUCAUAUUUUAAUUAUUUGCUAACAAUUAUUUUGACAUUAGCAAUAGUAUCUCGACAUAAUUAUGUAUGUUAAGUUUUAACAUGUUUUAAAAUCAUAAUUUCAUUUUUUUAUAGUAUUAGCUUAUUCUCAUCUUAUUAAUAAUUGUUCAAGACAUGAAGUUUGUUUUAUGUUCAAUUAUGUUUAGUUAACAUUAGUUAUGACUAGAUAAUUUUUUCUUCUCUUAAUUUCUUUUCUGUGUGGUAUUUUCUUAAAUAAGCAAAACAUUGAAAAGUGAAUAUGAUAUUUUAUUUAUUUUUCAAGCAGCAAGUCAUAGUUGGGCCUGUUUCCUGGUCUAUAGCCUUCCAUAACUUGCAAUAGAAUAUCCUUUGGUACCAAGAAUGCUGCUACAGCUGGGUCUUUCAGCAUGUUUUGUAUGUACUCAACCUGGAAUAAAAACAUAAUAAUUAA